AUGCUGAAGCCUGGAAUGAGUUGCGCCUUCCAGCUAUUCAAGAGAAGAGGAAUUCAGCGACCCUACACUUGGCAAUUGCAAUGUCUAAAGGUAUUCUGCUCUCUUGCAGCAAGAGCUAAGCAGUAUCUAGAGCGAGGACGAAAAACAUUUGUAGCUGAGGUCCUGCUGCUGCGAACCAUCUUGGGGAGAAUGCGAAGCAAGACAGGGGUAAAAUGUCUGAUGGUGCUUCCCUUUGUCAGCUUGGUAAAGGAAAAGGCCAAGGACCUUGAGCCCUUUGGAGAUGCUCUUAGUAUUUGGUGUGCAUAUUUCUCUCCGAUUUGUAUCGCCACGAUUGAAAAAGCUGAUAGAAUUAUCAAGGAGCUCAUCGAAGAGAGCAGGAUGUCAGAAUUAUCCCUAGUGGUGGUGGACGAGGCACACUUUGUCGCUGAAAAAGACCACCUUGCCUUUUUGGUGAAAGAAGCUAUCCAAGAUAAGGCGCCUGUGAUUAUUUUCUGUGCAACCAAAGCUAGUACAGAAAUCGUGGCUAAGCAGUUGACUCUUGCUGCGAUCACAGGAGCAGAAGACACAGGCCUACAGCAAGCCAGGAACGAUGUCAUUUCGGCUCUCCGCUCGGCCAAUGAAGAUGCAAAUUCUGACAUCUCCCUGUUUGCCGCAAUUUCCGUUGGAGUGUCCUUUCAUCAUAGUGGGCUUUCAUCGGAAGAGAGGCAAAUCAUAGAGGACGCAUACAAAUCCGGUACAAUCUCAGUUCUAGUUGCCACGACGACCUUGGUAGGCAUCCCAGAGGCCGUGCUUCAUGCUGCUGGAGUCAAUCUCCCUGCCGGGAGGGUUAUCGUCAGGACUCCUUACACAGGGAGAGAGUUUCUUACUGCGAGUCGUUUCAAGCAGAUGGCAGGCCGAGCAGGCCGAGCAGGCUUAGGACAAAAGCAGGGAGAAGCAUUUCUCUUCGUACAGCCCGGAGAGAGGGAUCGUUGCUUCGCUCUUGUGACGCAGGGGCCCAAGGCCGUGGAAUCUCAGCUUCUGCAUGAAGCCUUUCAAUAUAGCAGAACUCGUGCGCAGACAUCAAGAAUUGAAUAUGUUUCAAGUUUUUACGCCACCUCUCUCGGAAAAGCGACAUACCUCGCAUCAAUUGCAGUGGAGGAUGCUCUUGCACUCCACCACGAUCUUGAGUUGGCGAGGAGCGAGGGCAUUAUCUUGGUCGACCAGUUACACCUUCUGUACCUGACAGCACCAGUAUCGGGUCUUCGAGAGCCAAAUUGGAGCCUUCUUGCUGACAAGAUCAGCCAAUUUGAUGACAACCGCAAAAAAGUUCUGCAGAGGAUCGGCAUAGAAGAGUCGUUUGUCUGCUUGAGUGCACAAGGAAGGCUGCUGAAAAGGACGCCGAGGUUGGAGGAGCAAGAUUUCAAGUCGCGCAGGUUAUGGGUUGCGCUGCUACUUCAAGAGCUGGUGGAGGAAAAGCCUGUCGCUGCCAUUCUGCGGGUGUAUGGAGCUGGCAAGGACAGGGACGGAGUUGGAAGCGCUCCAGGAUCGGUCGCCAUCGACAAGGGAUACAUUGAGGAGCUGCAGACUGUCACUGCUUCCUUCGCUUCCAUGGUAGCACAGUUCUCGCGCAACGUGGGCUUUGAAGAUCUUGCUUCUCUCAUCCAGAGCCUCACUGGGAGGAUAGCCAACGGGGCACGUUCAGAUGUCUUACCUCUCUGCGACAUUCCUUUUGUGCAGGCUAAGCGAGCAAGGGAAAUGUUCCGCAACGGCUUGCGCACAGUAGAAGAUGUUGCUUCAGCCAAGCCACAAGAGUUGGUACGGAUGCUGGGCAAUUUGCUGGGACCCACGGGACUGGCGAUGGCAAAGAAGAUCAUUCAAAGCGCUCAGAAUCUUCAUCGUAAAAGGCUUAUGGAGCUCUCUCAGGGAAUGGAAAUUUUCGCAGAAGAGGAAGAAGUAGAAGCAUUGAGUUGAUGCGUUUGGAUGCACAACAUCAGGCUGGCCUCCUUUGGGCUCGAAAUGGACAAUGAAAGCAAGAAUUUACAAG